AGGGAGAAUCCCAGCCAGGCUUUUAUAGGGUUGUCCCAGCCUGUAGGGCAGAGAUUUUCUGCUCCUCACCCUUCAGAAGAGAAUCCCAGAUCAAUCCCUAGAGCACCCAGGAAUCUUGGGUCUCUGCCCCUUUCCUGUCUCCCCUUCCUUCCAUAGCACUGGCCCUGAUCGCUGUGCCCCACUUCUCACCCUGGGAAAGCAGUCCCUCCUUCCCUCCCACCCCCCACGCUGAGGAUCCCCAAGAAACUUCUUGGGUCUUUCUAACACCAUGUCUGGGUUUGCCUCCCUGCUGCUGCUGCUGCUCCUUUCUUGCCAGAUCUCAGAAGGCUCCGAACGUGUGGAAGCAAGGAAUAUCACUGACUCCAAAUGUCCUUCCCGGAAAAAGAAUUUUGCAGCACUUACAGGACACACUUGUCAGAGGAGCUGUAAACACCAUGAAUGUUCAAAAAGGAGACAGUGUGUGUGCGAUGGUCAAUGUGGACUGAGUUGCAUUCCUCCAGCCUUAAGGUGUCCAUGGCCCACGACAGUUGAUAAUGCUGAGACACACUUGGCCCAGGAAUCCCAUCUAUUUGGGGACUACAUGACAGUGACAUGCAGGUCUGGAUUUAGAAUGUUGGAUGGACAAGAAAUGGUAAUUAGCCGCUGUCAAGGAGAUGGAAAAUGGAGUUUCACUGCACGCUGUGAAGAUGUUCUUAAUUUUCCAUUGUUCUGCAAACCUCCACCUGAGAUUGAAAAUGGAUACCAUGAAAAUGGUCCUUACACCAUAGGAAAGGAAGUGCUCUAUAGGUGUAACCGUGGAUAUUGGUUACAGGGGGCCAAUUCUCUCUUAUGCCAAGAAAAUGAAGAGUGGUCAGACAGUGCUCCAACUUGCCAUCCUGUUACCUGUUCCCGGCCACCCAACAUUGCUCAGGCAACGCUGGUGGCCGUGCAUCAGCCUGAAUACCCAGUGGGAACUGUAAUCUAUUACUUGUGUAAAAAGGACUUCUACCUAGAUGGCUCCAACAGAGUCAUCUGUCUGAAAAAUGGAAGCUGGUCCCAACUGCCACACUGUAGAGCCCGCUGUCCCAUCUUUGCCCAGAGGAGUCGGAUGAUCUACCAUGGACGCAAGGUUUGGGCCUAUGAGAUCCCAAAUGGUCUUGUUCACCACGGUGAAACUCUCACAUUUUUCUGCCGAAACCAGAAUAAGACCUGUAGUUUUGAGGCCAAAAGCCGUUGUUUUGAUGGUGUAUUGAAGAUGCCUGACUGCUAUGAUGAACCUACAUAUUUGCAAUACCAUCUAUUCCCCAGAAGAGUUGUAUCUGAAAUAAGUGCUUGUUGAACAACUGACCAGUCACUCCUUUAGCAAUGAGAUCUGUCUCCUUCUCCUUGUUCAAGCUUGACAGACAUCCUGGAAGUUCAGGGAAAAAAAUAGAAAUG